AUGCUACCUUAUUUGACCGCGCUUGAGAAUCUACACAUCGGGUAUGUCGACCUCGAGGACGUCUUCGCGCCUCGGCCUAUGAUGUCACGCUCGAUGCUGCGCACCUUACACGUCGAAGCCGUCGACCUGUGUGAUGCGAGUGUGGGCGCGUUGGUCGACUUUGCUACGCGGUCGAAGCAGCUCGAGCUUGUCGCGUGGGACAGCUGCGCGUACUUUGGCAAACACAAAGGGAGCGCUGCGCAAGUCCUUCGCGCCUGCAUUCUCGCGGGUGUCGCCAACGGACGGUUCAAAGGCUGCGACAUCGACACCGGCGGCAUCGGCCUCUCAAACAACACGUUUCGGCUUGGUGGUGUCCGUGCACUGCUCACGGCGAUCGCAACGUGCACCAAUGUGACGUACGCCGCACGUAAAAAAGCGAGAGCCGCCGGUGUCACAGUCGACAUAUCGGAUCGCGAGAUCUACAUUCGCAGCCGUACCUUGGCGUAG